UAUAAGAUCUAGCGAAUCACUGAGUCGAAACAUUUAUCUCAUAAGUCAUGUGUACAUCACAAUUCAAAGAACAUUAGAACUCUGACUGCACGUCUUGGUUUACUAAAUUGUGUCAAUCCAAUAAAAUUAAAAAAUUCCUAGUUUAAAUUACCCAAAAACAAAAAGAAAUAUGCAAGGGCUAGAAUCAUACAUAUCAUCGACAUGUCCAAUGCCGUUUGCUGGUAUGACUGGUGACCUGUUUCUCAAAGCAGUGACUGCAGUCGUUGCAGCCCAAUGCAGUAUCUUGGAUGACUACCGCUGGCCUCGGGAUAGUGCUGAAGAAGUAAUCGAAAAAGGAUCCAGUAUAUCAUAUGACAUUAUAGUAGUUGGAGCAGGAACUGCUGGAUCAUUAGUUGCCAGCCGCUUAUCUAAUAUCUAUCCUUCUUGGUCAGUAUUACUUAUAGAAGCAGGUGACGACCCUGGUAUAGAUGCUGAGAUCCCAGCAUUUUUAUUCCUAAACCAAAAUUCAAGUAACGACUGGUCUUAUAAAACACACCCAGAUGGAAAUAGCUGUUUGGGAUUUAGAAACACUAGCUGCAUAUGGAGUAAAGGAAAAGGUCUUGGUGGAUCGAGUUCAAUAAAUGCCAUGAUUUAUAUCAGGGGUCAUCCCAAAGAUUACUCUGAUUGGGAGAAAUCAGGGAAUCCGGGAUGGAGUUACAAUAAUUUGGCAAAAUAUUUUGAGAAGCAAGAGGAACUAUUCAAUAUUACUGAUAGUGAAUUCCCUGGAUAUGAAAACGAAUGGUAUAAAAUUCUUGACAAUGCAUGGAAGGAAUUAGGAUUUACUGCUUAUAAUUACGACAACCAUGAAGCGAUAAUCGGAACUAAAAAAACCCGUUUACUAACGCAAAAUGGUAAACGUAUGAACACUGCUAAAGCCUAUUUCAAAAACGCUCACAAUUUAAUAGUUAUGAAAAAUACUAAAGUUGAAAAAGUGAUACUUAAUCAGAAAACAAAACAGGCGGUUGGUGUACAUAUAAGACAUAAAACUGGGAUUAUUAAGGUAAUCACUGCUAGUAGAGAAGUAAUUUUAGCAGCUGGGUCGAUUGGGACACCGCAAUUGCUUAUGUUAUCUGGAAUAGGCCCAAGAGAACAUCUCGAAUUAAUGAACAUUGACCCUAUUUUAAAUCUUCCAGUAGGAAAAAACUUACAAGAUCAUUUAUUUUUUCCUUUAUUUUUUAAAACAAAUAUCAACAAAGAACUAUCACGUGAGCUAAUAAACAUGCUUCUACUUCAGUACAUGUUGACCAGAACAGGACCUUUCUCCACUAUCGGGUUAACUGACUAUAUGGGCUUCAUUAACACCAAUAAUAUUUCUGACUACCCUAACAUGCAAUUUCAUUACACAUACUUUACCAAGAAUGACAAUUUUGUGUUAAAACCUUACCUCGAGGGUGUUGGCUACAGUGAUGAAAUGAUACAAGUAAUUCAAGCAUUGAAUUACGAACACGACAUGCUGGGUAUUUACCCUACAUUAUUAAACCCGAAGUCUAGAGGAGAGAUAUUUCUUGAAAAAUCUGAUUUAUCACAACCUGUAAUAAAAGCUAAUUAUAUUCAGAAUCCUGACGAUUUAGUUUCCCUUAUAAAAGCGAUUCAUUUUGUUUAUAAAUUGGAGGGAACUACGACUUUUAGGGCACUGGGAAUUGAAUUACUGAAUGUUGAAAUACAAAACUGCAGUACGUAUUCCUUUGAUACUGAUGCAUAUUGGGAGUGUUAUAUAAGACACAUGGCUACAACAAUAUACCAUCCAGUCGGGACAGCAAAAAUGGGUCCCCGAGACGAUGAUUCUUCUGUAGUAGACAGCAGUUUGCUUGUUCACGGUACGAUUAAUCUAAGGGUAGUGGAUGCAAGUAUCAUGCCUAUUAUACCAAGAGGUAAUACUAUGGCGGCAACUUUGGCAAUUGCUCAAAAGGCUGUUGAUAUUAUUAAGGAGCAAUAUGAAAAGAACAAAGAUGAAUUGUAAGCAUUACUACUGUGAUGAUAAUACCUUCACAAUAUCAAUUUAAAGGUUUCUGUUUAUCUCUUUUGUAUCCAAUUAAAAUUGCAUGUAAUCUGAGAACUGUAUAAUUUAAUGUUUCUUAUUCAUCUUAGAUUUUAAACUUGUUAAUUUACAUACAUUGAAGGUUUUUUAAGUAAUUAAAGUAUUAAUCACUA